AUGUCAGAGCUCAGUAUUCAUAAAGAGACGUUCCUGGUGAGUGUUUGGGAGAAGCGGAGGAAGGAGUGUAUUCAGCUUUGCCACUAUGAAAACAACGAGAAGCCCAUCAUCCCUGGUGAUGCCCACCUGCAGCCUCCUCCCCCAUCGGGCCCUCUUUCUCUUUUACCUUUCCCUCCGCCCUUCUUCUCCUCUCCUCAGGCCAAACGCUCCUACUCCAUGGAGCAUUUCCGCUGGGGGAAGCCUGUUGGGCGAAAACGCCGCCCGAUUAAAAUCUAUACCACCAACGGUCUGGAGGAGGAGUCAGCGGAGCUUUUCCCCGGUGAGAUGAAAAAGCGGGAGCUCGCUGGUGACAUGAUGACGAUGGACGAUAACGAGGGGAAGUUAGCAGAGGGGGGCCAGGAGGAGGUGCCAGAUGACAGCCAUGAGAAAAAAGAUGAAAUGUACAAGAUGAAGCACUUUCGCUGGGGCGGCCUGCCGGCAAGCAAGCGUUACGGCGGGUUCAUGAAGAGCUGGGACGAGCGCAGCCAGAGGCCGCUGAUCACGCUCUUCAAAAACGUCAUCAACAAAGAAGCCCAGGAGGAGAAGAGGGAGCAGUGA